CAGAUCAUAUUAUCUUUUUAUCUAAUUUUUGGGGGGCAAAUCUCUGUAUUUCUUAAAAAAUUCGCUUGGCUGUGUAGUGAUAUGUGACCCCUGCUUAAAACCUUCUGGUCACAAGGAAAUCAGCAUAACCUGGUCAUGUGCUAACUGAAGCAUUCUACUAUAAAGGGAUUAGUGUGGGCAGGGAAACUCUUCUAUUUUAUGGUUUAACAGGCGAAUUGUAAAAGUGAUCAGUUCUAGUCAGUAAUUUGAAUUGGCAGACUGCAUCUCAAGGGAACAUUACAUAAAACUGCAUGACUGAUAUUUUAGAGGUAAGUGUUUGCUUCAGAUGAAAGGCAAGGGCUUUUCCAGCAACUGGUUUGGAAGGAGUGAGAUGUGGUGGUGUCUUUGCCAACUAUAAUUACUAACCUUGAUCUGCUAUUAAAUGAAAUAUACUUCUAUUUUUAUUCUGGAUCUUUGUUAAAAUGUGUCCUAUGGAUUUCCUUGGUAACUCUCUUCUUAGUUCAUUGUAGGGCUUGUGUAAAAUAUAUAUAUUUUUUUUUUUUUUUCCCAGACAGGUGUCUGUGCUGUAAGUAAUUUUCUUGCGCUUUGUUUUGCUAAAGUACUUUAACUUUUUUGAUCCCUUAAUUAGAAGUCUGGGCUUACCAUAAACCAUAAUGGAGUAAGUAAGAAUUGGGAAGCUGACUCCCAGCUCCACCUACUAGGGUUAUAAAUCCUAUAUAAAGGAUCUAUAGUACAGUACGGAGUUGCACAUGAAGGGAUUGUGUAAUAGCCUUGUGUUAUGCUUUCUCUCUGUGAUGCCUCUUUAAAUGUCUUCAGACCUGCAAAGAAAUGGGUAUGUAUUGAGCAUUUUUAAACUGUUUGGUUUUUUUUUUUUUUUGUGUGGGGAGUUCCCCUCUAUUUAUCUCAUUUUUGGGGGGUUUCAUACAAACUGGUUGCAGAGGCUUUGACUAAAUUGAAAAGUAUUGGGAUUUCAAAUACAAGACUAAAACUGGAAACAUUGUGGUGGGAGUUGUGUGAUUUUGUUUGUUUUUGGGUGUUUUUUUUUCUUGGCAUUUUAGCAUGCAAUUCGAAUUCCCACUAAGUCAUGUUGGUGACACAUACCACUGUUUUGCACGACCCUUUCUUUCAUACAAAUGUUUAUGAUUAUGCAGUUAUGUUUAGGUUGUUAUUUUAAAAAAAAAUUAUUUUUUCUUCUAGUGAUGUAUGUGUUGGGCAACAUGUUUACCUACACGUCUUGGAAGGUGUGCUUACUUGUGUUCAUCACACUUCAUGAACUUGCAUCAGCGCAGUUUCCUCGCCAAUGUAUCAGUCCCCAGAUACUAAGUAGUGGAGAAUGCUGCCCUGGGCUCUUUCCAGAACAGACACCAGACUCAAAUGACCAGUGUGGCUCUACAUUGGGUCGGGGUGCAUGUGUGUCAAUCACAGUGGAUUCCAGGCCCCAUGGACCUGAAUAUCAACUCGAUGGUCUGGAUGACAGAGAACAAUGGCCAACACGUUUCUUCAAUAGGAGUUGUAGGUGUAAUGGGCGUUUUGAUGGCUACAACUGUGGCAGCUGCAAACCUGGGUGGACUGGAGACAACUGCGAUACACAAAUUAUAGUAGGUAAGAAACUUGAGGUUGCAAUUUCAGGCUCUACAACUCACAUGCCACAUGUAUAAACCUAAUGGCUUCCUUCUUGGUAGAAUGAAAGGCAAGUCAACCUAACAAAACUCCUAUCGAUAAAGCAAGCUUAAUUACUGAACACUAACAGGAAUGCUAUCAUUACUGUUCUAACCUUUACAGUUCUGUUGUCCAGUGUGUAAGCUAUCAUAACCUAACCAGAAUUAAUUUACAAUAUGCCACUAUUAUACCAGUUUUGGAUUUUAAUUUGCUAAAAUGCAGACUAUUGGUGAAUACGCAUGUCUCCAAACACCUUCGCUUAUUUUGAUUAAAACCUGGGGUGUUUGGAGUUUUGUAUGGUGUUGGCUUGUUGAAUGGAAACAAAACUGUUAAUGGUGCAGUUACUUAUGCAAAUAUAUUGACCCUGAAUUCAGAAAUGUGAACAAUCUUAAAUUUGUUAUUGAGAAUGCCUUCCUGUAGAUAUUCCUGUAGAUAUUAAAAAUCCAAAAGAGGCAAUUGCUUAGACUUUCUCUGGUAUUGUGGAAUGCUUCUCCUAGAGAUGUACUGGAAUCAGUAAGGGUUGUGUCAAUGUCUAAACUGACUGCACUAGGACAAUGGCCUGUGGGAGGAAAAAACCUGUCUAGUUGUACAGGAGUUGUCAAAUGUUAAAAUGUUCACUACUUGCUCUGAAAGUAUUUUAGCCAUCUUCUCCAGCAUGUCUUAAUUGUUAAACCUUGUUUGUUCACUUAUCUAGUCAGGAAGAACAUUAUGGAAUUGCGUGACGGUGAUAAAAAGCGUUUUGUUGAUGCUUUGGAUC